AUGGCAACUAAUUUUGAACAUUUCAUCGGCGGUUUUGCCGGUGGAAUUGCGAGCACUCUGGUUUGUCAUCCGCUUGAUUUGCUCAAAAUUCGCUUUUCAGCAAACGAAGGGAAGCGGUGUCGCCCGCAAUACAGUGGUUACUUGGAUGCAGUAAAAAACAUCUAUCGGGUCGAAGGCUUGCGCGGUCUUUAUCGAGGCCUCUCUCCGAACCUUACUGGCGCCGCCUUAUCAUACGGUUUUUAUUUUCAGUUUUAUUUUUUAUUUAUUGUUUAUUUCGUAUUAUACCUUUACAGUUAUCAUAUAAUGAAAUCAAAAUCGUUAACGAAUCCUAUUUGGCUGUCAAAGACGCGGCUCUGUUUGCAGUAUGAAAUUCAGUCUGAUAAAAAAUAUUCUGGUAUGGUGAACUGUAUUUAUUCAACUGCAAGAAAUGAUGGCAUUAAAUCGCUUUAUAAGGGUUUCCUUCCUGGAUUGUUUGGUACAUCUCAUGGUGCUCUACAGUUUAUGUUAUAUAAUUAUUUUAAAAAUAUUCGAUUUAAAGAGCUUCAAGUUACAUUCGAAUAUUUAUUGUUUUCUGCGGGUUCUAAGAUUAUUGCUACAUCAGCAACAUUUCCCUACCAGGUAUUAAGGACUCUUAAAAAUUUGGAUUCUUCUCAGCUCAUACCAGAAGGUAUUCGAGGUUUUUAUAAAGGAUUAUUAGCUGGUAACUUGCGCCAGUUACCGGCAGCGAUUGUGAUUUUUUUAACUUAUGAAAAUGUUCGGCAUAUUAUUCGUAAUUCUUAA